GUAUUUCCGGUUGUGAAGCAGUUAAUGGUUCCCCAUGUAUUUCCGGUAGUGAAGGAGUUACUGGUUCCCCCAUGUGUUUCCGGUUGUGCUGCAGUUGUCGGUUCCCCCACGUGUUUCCGGGUGCAGGGCUGUCUUUCUCCCCGGGUGAGUUAACCUUGGCUGAGCAGUUACUCAGAGAGUGUGAGCAGUGGGGCCGGGGAGUGAGUUACAUUACAGAUAUUGCUGAAUACUUCAUUGAAAAGCUGUAUUUUCACUCUCUAAGUUUUAAUGAAUGAAAGCACUGCCCAAAUUCUAAUUCACCAAAUAUUCAGCGAGUUAUAAGAUGAUAAAAUUAAACGUGUCCCAUGCUGUCACCCCUGUGAUAUCUCCCAUAGAUCACUAUACCUGUCACAAGCCUGGUACCCUGUGAUAUCUACCAUAGAUCACUAUACCUGUCACAAGCCUGGUACCCUGUGAUAUCUACCAUAGAUCACUAUACCCUGUGAUAUCUGAUCACUAUAGCUGUCACAAGCCUGGUACCCUGUGGUAUCUACCAUAGAUCACUAUACCUGUCACAAGCCUGGUACCCUGUGGUAUCUACCAUAGAUCACUAUAGCUGUCACAAGCCUGGUACCCUGUGAUAUCUACCAUAGAUCACUAUACCUGUCACAAGCCUGGUACCCUGUGAUAUCUCCCAUAGAUCACUAUACCUGUCACAAGCCUGGUACCCUGUGAUAUCUACCAUAGAUCACUAUACCUGUCACAGGCCUGGUACCCUGUGAUAUCUCCCAUAGAUCACUAUACCUGUCACAGGCCUGGUACCCUGUGAUAUCUCCCAUAGAUCACUAUACCUGUCACAAGCCUGGUACCCAGUGAUAUCUCCCAUAGAUCAUUAUACCUGUCACAAGUCUGGUACCCUGUGAUAUCUACCAUAGAUCACUAUAGCUGUCACAAGCCUGGUACCCUGUGAUAUCUCCCAUAGAUCACUAUACCUGUCACAGGCCUGGUACCCUGUGAUAUCUCCCAUAGAUCACAGGCCUGGUACCCUGUGAUAUCUACCAUAGAUCACUAUACCUGUCACAAGCCUGGUACCCUGUGAUAUCUACCAUAGAUCACUAUACCUGUCACAAGCUGGUACCCUGUGAUAUCUCCCAUAGAUCACUAUAGCUGUCACAAGCCUGGUACCCUGUGAUAUCUACCAUAGAUCACUAUACCUGUCACAAGCCUGGUACCCUGUGAUAUCUACCAUAGAUCAAUAUACCUGUCACAAGCCUGGUACCCUGUGAUAUCUACCAUAGAUCACUAUACUAUACCUGUCUGAAGCCUGGUACCCUGUGUAUACCAUGAUCACUAUACUGUCCAAGCCUGGUACCUGUGAUAUCUACCAUAGAUCACUAUACCUGUGCAGGCAAGCCUCCCAUAGAUCACUAUACCUGUCACAAGCCUGGUACCCGAUAUCUACCAUAGAUCACUAUACCUGUCACAAUAUCUCCCAUAGAUCACUAUACCUGUCACAGCCUGGUACCCUGUGAUAUCUCCCAUAGAUCACUAUACCUGUCACAAGCCUGGUACCCAGUGAUAUCUCCCAUAGAUCAUUAUACCUGUCACAAGUCUGGUACCCUGUGAUAUCUACCAUAGAUCACUAUAGCCUGUCACAAGCCUGGUACCCUGUGAUAUCUCCCAUAGAUCACUAUACCUGUCACAGGCCUGGUACCCUGUGAUAUCUCCCAUAGAUCACAGGCCUGGUACCCUGUGAUAUCUACCAUAGAUCACUAUACCUGUCACAAGCCUGGUACCCUGUGAUAUCUACCAUAGAUCACUAUACCUGUCACAAGCUGGUACCCUGUGAUAUCUCCCAUAGAUCACUAUACCUGUCACAAGCCUGGUACCCAGUGAUAUCUCCCAUAGAUCACUAUACCUGUCACAAGUCUGGUACCCUGUGAUAUCUACCAUAGAUCACUAUACCUGUCACAAGCCUGGUACCCAGUGAUAUCUCCCAUAGAUCACUAUAGCUGUCACAGGCCUGGUACCCUGUGAUAUCUCCCAUAGAUCUACUAUACCUGUCACAAGCCUGGUACCCUGUGAUAUCUCCCAUAGAUCACUAUACUGUCUGAAGCCUGGUGCCCUGUGAUAUCUCCCCAUAGAUCUUUAUACCUGUCACAAGCCUGGUACCUGAGUGUCUCCAUGGAUCCACUUAUGGCUGUCUCCUGGUACCUGUGAUAUCUCCCAUAGAUCACUAUAGCUGUCACAGGCCUGGUACCUGUGAUAUCUCCCAUAGAUCACUAUACCUGUCACAAGCCUGGUACCCUGUGUAUCUCCCAUAGAUGCUAUAGCUGUCACAAGCCUGGUACCCUGUGAUAUCUCCCAUAGAUCACUAUACCUGUCACACGCCUGGUACCCUGUGAUAUCUCCCAUAGAUCACUAUACCUGUCACAACCCUGCCCUGGUAGUCCUGUGAUAUCUACCAUAGAUCACUAAAGCUGUCACAAGCCUGGCACCCUGUGAUAUCUCCCAUAGAUCACUAUACCUGUCACCAAGCGGGAUCUCCAUAGAUCACUAUAGCUGUCACAAGCCUGGUACCCUGUGAUAUCUCCCAUAGAUCACUAUACCUGAUGGUACCCUGUGAUAUCUCCCAUAGAUCACUAUACCUGUCACAGGUACCCUGUGAUAUCUCCCAUAGAUCACUAUACCUGUCACAAGCCUGGUACCCUGUGAUAUCUCCCAUAGAUCACUAUACCUGUCACAAGCCUGGUACCCAGUGAUAUCUCCCAUAGAUCAUUAUACCUGUCACAAGUCUGGUACCCUGUGAUAUCUACCAUAGAUCACUAUGGCUGUCUGAAGCCUGGUACCUGUAUCUCCAUAGAUCACUAUACCUGUCUGGGCCUGGUGCCCUGUGAUAUCUCCCAUAGAUCACAGGCCUGGUACCCUGUAUUCUCCAUAGAUCACUAUACCUGUCACAAGCCUGGUACCCUGUGAUAUCUACCAUAGAUCACUAUACCUGUCACAAGCUGGUACCCUGUGAUAUCUCCCAUAGAUCACUAUACCUGUCACAAGCCUGGUACCCAGUGAUAUCUCCCAUAGAUCACUAUACCUGUCACAAGUCUGGUACCCUGUGAUAUCUACCAUAGAUCACUAUACCUGUCACAAGCCUGGUACCCAGUGAUAUCUCCCAUAGAUCACUAUAGCUGUCACAGGCCUGGUACCCUGUGAUAUCUCCCAUAGAUCACUAUACCUGUCACAAGCCUGGUACCCUGUGAUAUCUCCCAUAGAUCACUAUAGCUGUCACAAGCCUGGUACCCUGUGAUAUCUCCCAUAGAUCACUAUACCUGUCACACGCCUGGUACCCUGUGAUAUCUCCCAUAGAUCACUAUACCUGUCACAGGCCUGGUACCCUGUGAUAUCUACCAUAGAUCACUAUACCUGUCACAAGCCUGGUAUCCUGUGAUAUCUACCAUAGAUCACUAAAGCUGUCACAAGCCUGGCACCCUGUGAUAUCUCCCAUAGAUCACUAUACCUGUCACAAGCCUGGUACCCUGUGAUAUCUCCCAUAGAUCACUAUAGCUGUCACAAGCCUGGUACCCUGUGAUAUCUCCCAUAGAUCACUAUACUUGUCAUAAGCCUGGUACCCUGUGAUAUCUCCCAUAGAUCACUAUAGGCCUGGUACCCUGUGAUAUCUCCCAUAGAUUACUAUACCUGUCACAAGCCUGGUACCCUGUGAUAUCUCCCAUAGAUCACUAUACCUGUCACAAUCCUGGUACCCUGUGAUAUCUCCCAUAGAUCACUAUACCUGUCACAGGUACCCUGUGAUAUCUCCCAUAGAUCACUAUACCUGUCACAAGCCUGGUACCCUGUGAUAUCUCCCAUAGAUCACUAUACCUGUCACAAGCCUGGUACCCUGUGAUAUCUCCCAUAGAUCACUAUAGCUGUCACAAGCCUGGUACCCUGUGAUAUCUCCCAUAGAUCACUAUACCUGUCACAAGCCUGGUACCCUGUGAUAUCUCCCAUAGAUCACUAUACCUGUCACAACACUAUACACUGUCACAGGUACCCUGUGAUAUCUCCCAUAGAUCACUAUACCUGUCACAAGCCUGGUGUGAUUUCUCCCAUAGAUCACUCACUAUACCUGUCACAGGCCUGGUACCCUGUGAUAUCUACCAUAGAUCACUAUACCUGUCACAAGCCUGGUACCCUGUGAUAUCUCCCAUAGAUCACUAUACCUGUCACAAGCCUGGUACCCUGUGAUAUCUCCCAUAGAUCACUAUACCUGUCACAAGCCUGGUACCCUGUGAUAUCUACCAUAGAUCACUAUACCUGUCACAAGCCUGGUACCCUGUGAUAUCUACCAUAGAUCACUAUACCUGUCACAAGCCUGGUACCCUGUGAUAUCUCCUAUAGAUCACUAUACCUGUUACAGGCCUGGUACCCUGUGAUAUCUACCAUAGAUCACUAUAGCUGUCACAAGCCUGGUACCCUGUGAUAUCUCCCAUAGAUCACUAUAGCUGUCACAAGUCUGGUACCCUGUGAUAUCUCCCAUAGAUCACUAUACCUGUCACAAGCCUGGUACCCUGUGAUAUCUCCCAUAGAUCACUAUACCUGUCACAGGCCUGGUACCCUGUGAUAUCUACCAUAGAUCACUAUACCUGUCACAAGCCUGGUACCCUGUGAUAUCUCCAUAGAUCACUAUACCUGUCACAAGCCUGGUACCCUGUGAUAUCUACCAUAGAUCACUAUACCUGUCACAAGCCUGGUACCCUGUGAUAUCUCCAUAGAUCACUAUACCUGUCACAAGCCUGGUACCCUGUGAUAUCUACCAUAGAUCACUAUACCUGUCACAAGCCUGGUACCCUGUGAUAUCUCCCAUAGAUCACUAUACCUGUCACAGGCCUGGUACCCUGUGAUAUCUACCAUAGAUCACUAUACCUGUCACAAGCCUGGUACCCUGUGAUAUCUCCCAUAGAUCACUAUACCUGUCACAAGCCUGGUACCCUGUGAUAUCUACCAUAGAUCACUAUACCUGUCACAAGCCUGGUACCCUGUGAUAUCUACCAUAGAUCACUAUACCUGUCACAAGCCUGGUACCCUGUGAUAUCUACCAUAGAUCACUAUACCUGUCACAAGCCUGGUACCCUGUGAUAUCUCCUAUAGAUCACUAUACCUGUCACAGGCCUGGUACCCUGUGAUAUCUACCAUAGAUCACUAUACCUGUCACAAGCCUGGUACCCUGUGAUAUCUCCCAUAGAUCACUAUACCUGUCAGAAGCCUGGUACCCUGUGAUAUCUACCAUAGAUCACUAUAGCUGUCACAAGCCUGGUACCCUGUGAUAUCUACCAUAGAUCACUAUAGCUGUCACAAGCCUGGUACACUGUGAUGUCUCCCAUAGAUCACUAUAGCUGUCACAAGCCUGGUACACUGUGAUGUCUCCCAUAGAUCACUAUAGCUGUCACAAGCCUGGUACCCUGUGAUAUCUCCCAUAGAUCACUAUAGCUGUCACAAGCCUGGUAUCCUGUGACAACUACCAUAGAUUAUUAUUAUGAUAUUUAUAGAGCGCCGUCAAAUUCCGCAGCGCUUUACAAUGGGUGGACGAACAGACAUGUAGUUGUAACCAGACAAGUUGGACACACAGGAACAGAGGGGUUGAGGGCCCUGCUCAAUGAGCUUACAUGCUAGAGGGAGUGGGGUAAAAUGACACAAAAAAGGUAAGGAUAGUAUUAGACUAGUGACAGUUGCAGAAGAGGAAUCAGUCAGGAGGUAUUAACAGUUUAAUUGAUACGCUUUUAUGAAGAAGUGGGUUUUUAACGAUUUUUUGAAGGAGUGGAGACUGGGUGAGCAUCUAACGGAGGAGGGAAGCGUGUUCCACAGGAACGGUGCAGCCCUCGAGAAAUCUUGAAGGCGAGCAUCAGAGGUGGGAGUACGGACAGAAGAUAGACGUAAGUCUUCAGCAGAUCGUAAGGACCUAGACUGGACAUACUUGUGUAUAAGGGAGGGUAGAUAGGUGGGAGCAGCAUUAUGUAGAGAUUUGAAAGCAAGAACCAGAUUUUUAAAUUGAGCUCUAUAUUUUAUAGGAAGCCAAUUUAGGGACUGACAGAAGGGUGACGCAUGGGAGGUGCAGGCGGACAGGAAGAUGAGCCUCGCCGCCGCAUUCAUUAUGGACUGUAACGGCGUAAGUUGGGAGCACGUAAGACCACUGAGAAGCGGAUUACAGUAGUCAAGGCGAGAAAGGACAGUGGAAUGGACCAACACCUUAGUCGCAUCUGGCGUUAUAGAUCACUAUACCUGUCACAAGCCUGGUACCCUGUGAUAUCCCUCAUAGAUCACUAUAACUGUCAGAAGUCUGGUACCUAUUGCAGUGAUAGCUUAACACUGGCACCUCACCUGUACUUAAGAUUUCUAUAUUCAUAUUUUUCUGACGCACAUAAUUUCAUACCCUACAGCGGACCAUCUCUCUUUUAUGUCCUAAUGUCACUCUUUGCUAGUGUGUCUAAACUUAUUCCAGACAUCCACAGCAAUAAUUCUAAAAGUAAUAUGUCCUAAUAAAUUAUAUCUCUCAUAGCAGGCUGUAGUGGUAAUGCUGAUUAUUACCUUAAUCAUGUUGAUUGGCAGCAAAUGAAAAAUGUUGCCCUGCACUAUAUAUAAUUGAUAUGUUUCUGGAUUCCUGAUUAAUUAAUAAUCUGCAUAAUUUGAAUUCUACACAUUGCAGGGCUGCACCAUUUGCUGUGUAUCAAUUUGUAUAAAUGAUAUGAGCCAUUGAAACCAUGGGGGAAAUGCCAUCCUAAUCUGCACUCCAUUGGGCUGUUGGGUAAUCUAGUCCGUAAUAUUCCUUUAGCUUUUACAGUCAUGUACAAUUUCCAUAUUGUAUGGCUCUUUAAUUUUAACCCUGAAAUGUAGAAACAUCUUCCUGACAACCACUAGUGGUAUGAAUACCAUAUUGUUUCGAGGACUGAGCAGCCGUAAUACACUGAGAUAGCUAUUUCUCGAAAUGUCAGUUCACCGCUCUUUGAUAUGCGGUAAUGAAAGGCUGACAUCCAUGGUAUACCGAGUAAGCUACGAGAGCCCCUGACGCAUGUGUUUUGCCAGAGUGCGUCAGGGGCUCUGGUAGCUUACACGGUAUACCACGGAUGUGGUUUCCCCCCAUUUUUCAGUAACCUUAAGUGUUUUUUUUUUCUUGUCUAAAUAUUGGCUCGAUUUUUCUUUUUUGAUUUAUCUUAUGAAAGUAAUAUUUAUCUAAGAUAGAAUAGACCCCAAACUGGAAAGAAAUAAUCCUGAUUGGUUUAUCUUUUCUCAGCAAGGCAGGGGUCUGCUUGUCAUUGUACGCUGACACGGUAAGCAGAUCUUUAAACGGACACUCCAGGCACCCAGACCACUUCUGUCCAUUGGAGUGGUCUGGGUGCCAACUCCCACAACCAUUAACCCUGCAGGUGUAAUUAUUGCAGUUUUUAUAAACUGCAAUAAUUACAUUGCAGGGUUAACUCCUCCUUUAGUGGCUGUCUACUAGACAGCCACUAGAGGGCACUUCCGGGAUUAUAUCACAGAUUUUCUGUGCUAUAUUGUCGCUGGACGUCCUCACGCUAUGUGAGGACGUCCAGCGUCGCUAAAAUCCCCAUAGGAAAGCAUUGAAAAGCAUUUUCAAUGCUUUCCUAUGGGGAGGUCUAAUGCGCGUGUGCAGCAUUGCCGCGCAUGCGCAUUAGGUCUCCCCUGCCGGCAGGCAUGAUCAGUCUGUCGUGAUGAAGAAGAGGAGGAGCGUGGGCGGAGGAAGAAGCAGUGACGAGGGACAUCGUCGCUGCCUCUGGUAAGUCACUGAAGGGAGGUGGGAGGUAGAGGGGACCACCAGUGCCAGGAAAACAGACUGUUUUCCUGGCACUGGAGACUCCCUUUAAAUGUAAGGAUUUUUUUUUUUUUUGCAUUAGUUUUAAUCCAUUUAAUUUAUAGGUCAUUAACAUUGAAUAAGGAUUCUUUUCCCCCCUGCAUUUUCCCUUUAAUUCUUUACAAUUCUGGUUCAGUGAAUAGGGCCGACCUGAGUUGGGAAACGGCAAACAAAUAAUGUUAUUCAUAUAAACAGCAUAAUUUUGUGGAGUGUGUUGGCUAAUCUGAAAGCUGCACACCCUAAACAUAUACAGACAUCUCAUAUUUUCUGAGAUAUUGUUGAUUGGGAGUCAGACAACACCUCCAUAACCUCCAAAACAGGUUGAAAGUUUAUAUGUAUGCUCUCUAACUGUAUGCUUGGUCUGUUUCUAGCUGUGGAGAAGUUGGGAUUUGUCAUGGUGAGACUGCUGAGAUUGUGCUCCAUAGUAUCCCUGCCACAUCGAAUUAACUGUAAAUUUCACCAUCAUGACGUGGCCAAAGGAAAACGCUUGCUGCUUUCUCGGUUAUAUCAACCCAGAAAUCUUUGGGAAGAAAGUCCUUCUAGCCUGGAAUCAAAAUCCGGUGAACGUACCAGUAGGAGCCACAAGUUGAUGAUCAAAGCGGGUCUUAUCCAGCCAUCCAGCCCUGGCUGUUUUCACUUCCUUCCAUUCACUGUACGCUCCAUGGAGAAGCUUUUUCGAUUGAUAGAUAAAGAGAUGCAUGGCAUUGGCGGACAGAAGAUUGACUUGACCAAUCUGAGCCCAGCAGCUCUUUGGAAACAGAGUGGGCGCUGGGAACUAAUGGGAAAAGAACUGUUUCGUUUGGCAGACAGACACAACCAGGAUUACUGCUUAGGACCCACUCAUGAAGAAGCUGUAACUCACCUUGUCUCCACUGAGGGAGGCAUUACUUACAAGCAACUUCCUUUGCUAUUGUAUCAAAUAACAAAAAAGUUUAGAGAUGAACCCAGGCCCUGCUUUGGUUUGCUGCGUGGUCGAGAAUUCUAUAUGAAGGACAUGUAUACAUUUGAUGCUUCUGAGGAAGGGGCUUACCAAACCUACAACGAGGUAUGCAAUGCUUACUCCAACAUCUUCAAUGCCUUAGGUCUGAAAUUUGUGAAGGUACAAGCUGAUACAGGAAAUAUUGGUGGAAAGAUGUCACAUGAGUUUCAACUGCCAGCAAACAUUGGCCAGGAUAGACUUCUGGUCUGUGGUGGCUGUGGAUUUGCAGCUAACAUAGAGACCCUCAAUGCGGACGACAGAGACUGUCCAUCGUGCGGUGGAGAACUAACAGAAACCAAAGGCAUUGAAAUAGGUCACACAUUUUAUCUGGGAACUAAGUACUCCAAUACCUUUAAUACUACUUGUGAUUCUCAACCAAAACCUCUUUUAGCAGAGAUGGGGUGCUAUGGGAUUGGUGUUACAAGACUUCUAGCUGCUUCUAUUGAGGUUCUAUCUACUGAGGAUGAGAUCCACUGGCCUGGUCUAAUUGCACCCUAUCAGGUGUGCCUGAUUCCUCCCAAAAAGGGAAGCAAGGAAGCAGAUGCUGUAACAGUGGCUGAGACCCUUUAUGAUGAUAUACAUUCGCUUUAUCAUCUCCGAGAUGAGAUUGUUUUAGAUGAUCGGACCCAAAUGACCAUUGGAAAAAGGGUAAAAGAGGCAGAAAUGAUGGGCUAUCCAUUUGUUAUUGUGGUUGGCAAGAAAGCUUUAGGCAGCCAACCACUCUUUGAAGUCAGGAGACAAAACACAGGUGAAGUGCAGUAUCUCUCUAGAGAAGGUGUAAUGGAUUGUUUGAAGAAUGUGCAGGUAAUAUAGAAUGUGGACAUUGGCGAUGGCUAACUGUUGGCACUUAAGAUGGUCGUGAGCUACCUUUCACACAAUGCUGGCCUGGCCUUUGGGAAAUUGUACUUCACAAACAUCUUCAGUUGCAAAAUUAGCUAUUAAUUGGGAUUUAUAUAAAUAUCUGUAAAUACCAAAUAUUUUUUAUGUGUUAAAAUUAAAUCACAGCAAACCAGUCUUAUGUAUCAAACUCACAUUUUAAUAAAAUUCUUCACAAACAAGUUUCCGUAAGGUUUUGCCACAUCCAUUUAUCACAGGGUUCCAUCGGAUUUACUUUUUUAUAGUUUUUAGUAAAAUUCAUAUGAUGAUGAUUUGUAGAUAUAAAAUAACAGAAAAAGUUCACAAUUUUUAUAACGCAUUUAUUGACAUUCUGCUUGUGCAAGUGCAACUCCGUGGUAUUAAUGUGCACGAUAUAAACUUAGUGAUAGUCAACACUUAUUUCACACAAAAUAUAGAAAUAUAAAGAUUUGGAUAGAGCCUAUAUAUAAAAAAAAAACAAAAAAAAAAAAACAUUCGUCUCAAUGUGAGAAUUUUUUCAAUAAUCACUGGAUUAUAAAACUGAGAGUAACUUUUUUUACUCGUUCCAUAUCUUCAGAUGUCGAUCAUUAUUUGAGCAUUUUAUCUAAGACAGAUUUGUGCCUUACGUGGCAAAUACUAAAUGCUAUUCUCUCGUAUGUCAUAACCUCAUCUUCCUUUAGUAGUCCAAAACAUGUGGAGGUUGUCUAUCCCUGUUCUAGUACACACCUACCUCCCCUCAAAGCUUGAGCUAAGUAUGAGACAUUAUACAUGCCUGAGCAGUGUGAAAGUGUUUAUAAUUUGUGCAUAUAAACUCCCCAUUUUACCAUCCGACAUCUGAAGAGGCAGGCAAAGGGUUUUGACAGCAUCAAUGCACCUAUUGUUGAUCAUGCGGUCAGCUUUGAAAUUUUGCUAUGACAUUGUAAGAGAAGAUCAAGUUAGGAUUCUGUCAAUUCCAUAUAGGAAACCUUGAGUGACUAGGGCAUUUUGUAAACUUCACAAUGAGGCACGGUGGCUCCCUCUUCAGGAUACAAUGAUGGGUUAAUACAAGCACCAUGAGCCUUUACAUAUACAUUUCAUGCUACCAUGAGUCAUUUUACAGUCUCCUGCUAAAGAAAGGAGUGAAAUAUCCUUGCACAUAACCCAGACAGUACUCUUUACCGAUAUGCUUGUUUUUAACUAAUUGUAAGAAUAAUGCAGCUCAGGUUUGAACUCAUCGUCAAUUUAUUUUUUGUCAGUUAUCUCUUUCCUGGCGUUAAUGGGAUGGAGUAAUAAGAGACUAUAUAGUCCAGGAAUGAGCAUUGCGGUCAUUGAAUAUAUAUAUAUGUUCUGUAAUGAUAUCGACAUUACUAUUCAUCCCCUCACCUGCGUUGUUGGAUCUUGCUUUGGUCUGAGCGAUCAACUAAUGGUUAGUUGGUAACGGAUUUUCUCAUAAAGCCAGGCUUCGAAGAUCACCAACAUUCUGUGUUUUACUGAUAUUGCCAGGGUUACUUGGAAUCAGGUUCUCCCUACAUAUUGGCCCUUAGGUUGGCCUGAGGACUUGUUUCAGAAUCAGUAGGUUACUUUAUUAGAUGGAAGAAGAGCGGUGGCUUAUUGAUAGCUUUCUGGGGUUCACCUUCAUUGACUGAAACAAGAGCUUCACCAGUUCCAUUUUACCAGUUCCUAUCAUUAACUUGGAGAGUUCGACAACGUCUGCUGUGUUAUUCCGACACACAAUCUGCAGCUCCUGACUAACGCUCUCUGAGGUGUAUUUUCCUUGGGCCUCUUUUACCGAUACUUCCACUUCCUGUAUCAGAGACUUGGCAUUCAUUUUGUUCUGGCUGUAAAGGCUUAGAAGAGUUUCUAUGAGGCACCUGAAGCUCUCCGUACCCUGGGUUCCUUUGCAAUCCAAUUGGAUGGCUCGUUUAAAACAUUCUAACGCAUUGAGUUCUUCACCUUUAACUUUCAGGCACUUUCCCUUGAGCAGCUGGAGUUCGGGUAGGGUGUCUCCAAGGUCGAAUUCUGUGGCUUUGGCAAUGCAAACCAAGGCAUUGUUAAUGGCAUUUUCAUCAGUUUGGAAUGUUUCCUGCACAGCAUCCACCCCCAUGUAAUAGCACACCUUGAAAAAAGUUAAAUGACAUUAUCAGUCACCUGUAUUCAAUUAAGGAUAUAUAGAAUCCCUGACCUUUUAAAAUUUUUCUACAGAUUGCUUUCUGAAUUGUUGCCUUAAAGGACCACUCUAGGCACUCAGACCACUUCAGCUUAAUGUCAUCAGAGAAGGUAGAUUCAAUGUGGCGAAAGCAUAGCUUCCAACUGUCCUAGGGUCUGCGGGACUUCCCGAAUUGGGUUUCUCUCUUGCCAUCCCAAGUUUGUUCCACAGCAGGACUGAACUAAAGUUACUAUGAAUGUCUUGAAUCAGUGUAGUGCAAGCGUUUCUGUAGAUGCACUUAUAUUGGACAGAGUAAAUUCAGGACAUUCAGCCAAUACUGCACUCUGAGCAUGGGGCUAUCCUAAUUGGAGACAGAUGUAUAGACUUUCACUCAGGGACCAGUCUCUCAUCUCUGCCCAGAUCCCAUACCUCCUAUACAUUGCCUGGUGCCAUAUGUAUAUGAAGUGCUUGCACUUUUUGGGUCCAGACCAAGGGGUUAAAGGAACACUAUAGUAUUAGGAGAACAAACGUAUUUCUAACACUAUAGUGCUGGAGUAGCAGUUUGAUUCCUGGUCCUCCUCAGUAAGUAGUUAAGAGGUGUUUAAACUACAAAAGUAAUUAUUACAUGAAUCGCUAAUACAUAGUUGCUACUCUCCUCCCUUCUCUUUUGUACCACCUCCUUAAAG